GGCUUAGGUACUUGCACCCAGCCUUUGUCUGCACCCGGCGCCUAGGGGACCCAGGGCACGGGCGGCCUCGGGCUUUGGAGGCCCUGCAGCCUAGGAGUGAGCGCAGCGUCGACGUUGGGGCGGCUCAGAGCCCCACUUCCGCCUUGACGGCCGACGCUAACGGGGCGGGCUGGGCCCUUGGACGGCGGGACUCGCUGGCUUCUUGUGAUGAUAAAGGAGCACUGCGAUGGCACCACACCCUGUUUAAGGAAAGGGGCUCAUUUUGCACACAGUCCCUACUACUGUCUGUCAGAACUUGUAUCUGAAGAUGAACCCCUCUAACCCUUUCAGUGGGCAGCAGCCUGGUAUGUUUUCACCGUCUUCCAGCAGCACCCUAGGGGCAUUUCAUGCCAACCAGCCAUUCCAAUUUGGUCAGCCUUCUCUUUUUGGACAAAACAAUCCAUCACCAGGACAAAGCUCAGGAUUUUCACACAUGUCCAGCUUCCCAGCGCCUUCAGGAGCAAGUCAUUCCUCUUCAGGGCCAACUUCAAAUGUUGGGCUCUUUUCUGGACUUGAACACAGUUCAACCUUUGCAGCUGCCUCUGGAUCUUCAAGUUCAUCUAUGUCUGGAAACCCAGGAUUUAGCUUUAAAUCACCCACCAACCUUGGGGUUUUCCCACAUUCGUCUCCCUUUGGACUGGAAGCUGGAGAGAGAGUGACCUCUGGCUUUGGAAAAACUGAAUUCCGCUUUAAGCCUCUGGAAAAUGCGAUGUUCAGACCAAUAUUGGGGGCUGAAGCUGAGCCUGAGAAAACCCAGAGCCAAAUUCCUUCUGGGUUUUUCUCAUUUUCCCACCCAGUUAAUAGUGGCUCUCGGGGACUGGCCCCUUUUUCGGUUCCUCCAGGGACAAGUAACUCGUCUACCAAUUCAAAUUUCACCUUUUCAAAACCAGUUAAUAAUAGUAACAGUUCAUCAUCUGUGUUUGCACCUGCCUUGUCAAACCAAAGCGUAGAGGAAGAGAAGCGAGCUCCUAAAUCCCUGUUUGGGGGUUCUCACAGCAGCUUCACCACAUUCCCUGCGUCAUCUUCCGGAGCUUUGGGUGACCCGUUUGCAGGAGGCAAAAUAGCUGUGAGGCAGGGAUGUGAAGAAGCGGUCUCCCAGGUGGACCCACUUCCCAGCCUCGUGAAAGGCCUGAAAAGGAAGGAGGACCAGGAUCGCUCCCCCAGGAGACAUGACCGAGACAUUGUGGAAGACUCCGACUCCCUGUCCCGGAGCGACCACCCGCCCCCGGAUAAGCGGCCUGUCCACCUGAACCGACCCCGUGGAGGCACUCUCUUUGAUCGGACCUUACAGGACGUCCUGAAGAGCAAUAAAGACGUAGGCCGUGUGGGCAAGGAACUUAAGAGGGAAAGUGGCUGUGUUGAGUCGGAGGAAAACACGCAUCUGGCUGUGCCAGGAGGGAGUCCGUCUGUCUUGGCCCUUUCCAGGCUUUCUGGUGUGAAAAAAGAGGAAGAAACAGAAGGCAGAAGUAAAAAAGAAGAUUCUCUAAGAGGAACUCCUGCACCGAGGAAGAGAGGCGAGAGCACAGACAGCCUCGGGGGCGUGUCCUCUACGGAAUUGACGGCCAUCCAGUGCAAGAACAUCCCCGAUUAUCUCAAUGACAGGUCCGUUCUGGAGAAACACUUCAACAAAAUCGCCAAAGUGCAGCGGGUCUAUACCAGGCGCAGCAAAAAACUCGCUGUGGUGUAUUUCUUCAAUCACGCAUCUGCAGCCCUGGCGAGAAAGAAGGGGAAAAGUCUGCAUGAAGAUGUGACCAUCUUCUGGCAUAAGAAGAAAGCAAGUCCCAAUAAGAAGCCCUUUAUCCCCAAAGAAAAGCAGCCAGGCGACGGUGACGCGAACCUAGGCCGGGAAGACGUAUCCUCCCACUCCCCCCUGUGCAAGCCCGUGAGCAGGGUGGCAGCCAGCAGCGGCCUCCUGAGUAAAAGCUCUCCCGUGAAGAAGCCUAGUAUCCUAAAGGUCUCCCAAUUUGAUGGUGACCGCUUUGAUUCUGGCUCCGAGAGUGCUGAGGCUCUUGGGCUCUGUGUGUCCUCCCUCAAUGCCCUGUUGGGCACCGUGGCCGAGACCGCUGAGGAGAAGUAUCGCCUAUUGGACCAGAGGGACCGGGUCAUGCGGCAAGCUCGGGUGAGGAGGACAGACCUGGACAAGGCGAGGACUUUUGUUGGAACAUGCCCGGACAUGUGUCCUGAGAAAGAGCGGUACAUGCGGGAGACACGGAGCCAGCUGAGUGUGUUUGAAGUGAUCCCUGGGACAGACCAGGUGGACCACGCGGCAGCUGUGAAGGAGUACAGUCGGUCCUCAGCCGAUCAGGAGGAGCCCCUGCCGCAUGAGCUGCGGCCCUCAGCGGUGCUCAGCAGGACCAUGGAUUACCUGGUGACCCAGAUCAUGGACCAGAAGGAGGGCAGCCUGCGCGACUGGUACGACUUCGUGUGGAACCGGACACGGGGCAUUCGGAAGGACAUCACACAGCAGCACCUGUGCGACCCCCUGACGGUGUCUCUGAUUGAGAAAUGCAUGCGGUUCCACAUCCACUGUGCUCACUUUAUGUGUGAGGAGCCCAUGUCCUCCUUCGACGCCAAGAUCAACAACGAGAACAUGACCAAGUGCCUGCAGAGUCUGAAGGAGAUGUACCAGGACUUGAGGAACAAGAGCAUCUCCUGUGUUGGUGAGGCAGAGUUCCAGGGCUACAACGUGCUGCUCAACCUCAACAAGGGGGAUAUCCUGAGAGAAGUGCAGCAGUUCUCGGCUGCUGUUCGCAACUCCCCCGAGGUGAACUUUGCCGUUCAAGCCUUCGCUGCGCUCAACAGUAAUAACUUUGUGCGGUUUUUCAAACUGGUCCAGUCUACGUCUUACCUGAAUGCUUGCCUUUUACAUUGCUACUUUAAUCAGAUCCGUAAAGAUGCGCUCAGGGCACUCAAUAUGGCCUAUACGGUGAGCACACAGCGGGCCACUGCCUUCCCCCUGGACAGCGUGGUGCGCAUGCUACUCUUUCAAGAUGGGGACGAGGCUGUUGACUUCCUCAGCCUCCAUGGCCUGACUGUUUCUGAAGGCUAUGUUGAGCUAAACCGGUCGGCUUUCCUGGAACCAGAGGGCUUGACCAAGGCCAAGAAGUCGGUGUUUGUCACCCAGAAGCUGAAGGUGUCUAUUGGGGAGAUUGUGAAUGGGGGGCCACUGCCUCCUGUCCCCAGCCACACACCCAUGUGCAGCUUCAAUUCCCAGAACAAAUAUGUGGGGGAGAGCCUGGUGGUGGAGCCAGCCCACAUCCCCCAGAGACCUGCCACAGAGGCCACUGGUGUUGGGAGAGAAGAGCGUCGCCCCGAGCCCACCAUGCCCCUGCCCGGGCUGCUCCCACAGCCUCUGACCCACAUGGCCAUGCCUGGGUCUCUGCCUCGCCUUCCAGCCCCAUCCUCGGCUGUGGUGCCUGGCCUCUUCCAGCCCCCGACACAACCGGAGCCACUGCCUCCGAGAAUGGCGCCUGUGUACUCUGACUCGGACAUUGCACAGGUGGUGGAUGAGAUCAUCCAGGAGGUUCUCCAGAGAGACUGUGAGGAGGUCGGCACUCUCGGAGCGGAGUACACAGCCACGGCCCUGGGUGCAUCCGUUGUGGCGCUGGAUGAGCUGCUGGGGGCUGCCACUGAGGACAUUCUGAGAGUUGUUGCAGCUGAGGGUAUGAAUGAGGUGCAGGUCGAGGAGGAGCGGCGGCGGCGCCGGGUGGAGCAGGAAAGACUGAGACAGGAGAGAGAGCUGCUUUUAUCUCAGCUGAGCCAGGGACUGGCUGUUGAGCUGACGGAGCUAGUGGUCACAGAAUGUGUCCACGAGACUGCUGCCCAGGAGCUCAGGUGUGCGCUGGAGGCUGACCAGCGGGCCCGGCUGGAGCGCUGCUGCGAGGAUGUCUCUGCCCACUUGGCGGACUUAUUCGUGGAAGAAGAAACCUUUCAGACAGCAAAGGAGACCCUUCAGGAGCUUCGAUGCUUCUGCAAGUAUCUACAGCGAAAGCGUCACUUUCUCCUGCGGAGCCUCCUCCUGAACCUGGGCCAUGCGGGCAAGAUGGGCAUCUCCUGCACUAGACUGAAGCAGCUCAGGGACACUGCUGCUCACCGCAUGAAGGUUCAGCACUUCCACCAGCAGCUGCUGAGAGAGAAGGUAUGGGCACCUCUGGACCUGCCGACCCUUGUGGCCCAGCACCUUCCUGAGUGGCAGGAGCACAUGUUCUGGAAGGUGGUGCUGGUGCUGCCCGAUGAAGAAGACCUGCCCUCAGGGAGUCCCAGCAGACUGCUGGCAAAUUGGUUGAAAGUCAAGUUCACGGGAGUGGUGUCCGGCGCCCUCAGUGACCACGCCUUAGAUGCUGUGCAGGCGCAGAAGGAUCUCCUGGGUGCCAGUGGGCUGCUGCUGCUGCUGCCCGCCCAAGUGCAGAGUGAGGAUGAGGCAGAAGAAGAUGUGUACUGGCUGUCGGCUCUCCUGCAGCUCAAGCAGCUCCUGCAGGUCAAGCCCUGUCUGCCCGAGGUGCCGCUGGCCGUUCUCAUACCCAGCCUGGGCAGCGACACCAUUGAGAGGGACGUGGAGGAUGGCCUGAUGCUGCAGGAUUUGGUGUCGGCAAAGCUGAUCUCUGAUUACACCGUCAUUGAGAUCCCAGAUUCCAUCAGUGACUUACGAGGCACAGCUAAGGUCUCACAGGCAGUGCAAUGGCUGGUUUCUCGAUGCCCCCGCACCCUGGACCUCUGUUGCCAGACGCUCACUCACUACGUGGAGGAUGGGCUUACGCGGGAGUUCAGUGACCGGUUUUUCCACGACCGGCGGGAGCGGCGGCUGGCCGGCCUGGCCUCGCAGGAGCCUGGGGCCGUCAUCGAGCUCUUCAACAGCGUGCUGCACUUCCUUGCCUCGGUGGCCUCCUUCGAGCAGCUCUGCGAACUGUCCUGGCCCAUAGCUGAGUUUGCUGAGGUCGGGGGCAGCCAGCUGCUGCCCCACCUACACUGGAAUAGCCCGGAGCACCUGGCCUGGCUAAAGCAGGCUGUGCUUGCCUUUCAGAUCCCGCAGAUGGACCUCCCACCGCCUGGGGCGCCCUGGACCCCCGUGUGCGCCAUGAUCCUCCAGUACGUGUCUCAGGUCUCCAGCUCGUGCCAGACGCAGCCUGUCCUCCAGUCCCAGGUGGAGCGCCUGCUCAGCAGGACCUACAGCAAGUGGAGGAGCCAGAGCCCCACAGCAGGCCAAGAGUCGGGCCCCGCCGUCUCCGAGAUCCCCUGGGAUGACCUUCUUGCCCUGUGCAUUGACCACAAGCUGCGGGACUGGGCACCUCCCCGUCUCCCUGUCUCCUCAGAGGCAGUGAGUGAAGAUGGUCAGAUAUGUGUAUAUUUUUUUAAAAACCAUUUGAAAAAAUAUGAAGUCCCUUUGUCUUGGGAACAAGCCAGGACCCAGACGCAGAAGGAGCUGCAGAGGAGCCAGGGAUGCUUGGGGGUCAAGUCUCUCCACCCUUCUGUGAACCAUUUCCCCACCACGUUACUUCACGUCCACCUGAAGCAGAAGAGCCCUGCGGCUGGCUGGAAAGAGGGUGUCCCCCGCACAGAGGACUUGAUCUGUGGAGCCUCGGCCGGAGAACGCCUCGCCCAGUGCCUGGCCAGCAGCCUCCUGCUGGAGAAGGAGGAGAGCAGGAGGUUUGAAGAUCAGCUUCAGCGGUGGUUGUCUGAAGACUCGGGAGCAUUUGCAAAUUCAACUUUCCUUCCCCUCUACCUUCCUCAGACUUUGGUGUCUCUGCCUCACAUUACCCAACCAGCGAACACUUCCACAAGUACAAGUCCACAGAGCAAAAGUACAGGAGAGCACGUGCAGCCAUCUGAGGUGAAGAGUGGGUCUCUGACUGAGCGGCUCAAGCACCUGGAAAGGCUUAUCCAGAGUUCAAAGGAGGAGGAGGUCGCCUCCGAGCUGCAUCUCUCCACGUUGCUGGACAUGGUGGACAUUUAAGCACCCAGCAUGUGAGAGAAGAGGGUCUCUCUGGAGGGGAUCCUGCUCUUCCCCCAAAUAAUGUUCUUCUCAGAUAUGUGGAACCCUGCUGAAUACAAGAUGUUCAAUCAUGCAAAUAAACUAUUUGAAUUCUCUAUGAAA